GUCUUUUUUUUAUUCACCAUUUUGGUUCAAGUCGACUGGCCGUGUGGGUCUUUAUUUUUCUAGUUCUCGGAAACUAUGGACCCGCUAUCGCUUUUGAGUUUCUACUUAGGAAGCCCAGUGACCCAGUCCAUCAAUAAAUGUGUUCUUUUUUCUUUUUUCUUUUUUUAAAUUUUUCCCUAAAGAAGAAAUUGAAUUCAGAUGAAGACGACGACGAAAGUAGAAUCAAGAAUGGUCGUUAAUGGCAGAGGAGUUGGAAUGCUAGUAAUAGUCAUAAUAAGUUUAGUAAAUGCAGUGAAUGCUUCAAAUUCAGCUUCUGCCUUUGUACAGAACCUCAUCAAUUCCCAAACGAUUGUCAUCUUCUCCAAAUCCUAUUGCCCGUAUUGCUUGCGUGCUAAGCGCAUAUUCAAUGAACUACAUGAGCAACCUUAUGUCGUAGAACUGGAUCUUCGAGACGAUGGGGCUCAAAUUCAGUAUGUUCUUCUGGAUCUGUUUGGUCGACGGACUGUCCCUCAGGUAUUUGUGAACGGAAAGCAUAUUGGUGGCUCCGAUGAUCUCAAAGCUGCUGUCCAAAGUGGGAAACUGCAGAAACUUCUGGCUAUAGAUUGAUGGAGUUGUGGAAAAUUUAGAGACAACACCUUCUGAACUGAAGCUGCACCUGGUUUAAAAGAACAUAGUUGGAUCUUUAUUUCAAUAUUGAAAUUGAGUUUUCCAGACUUCUAACAAUGUUGUAUAAAUCAACCAGUUGUGCGUGGCUGUGUACAGUACAUGAAUGUAUAUGAAAUUUAGCUUUCCAAACUUUUUUCUC